UACCCUGCGUUUGUCAGCUCACACUGUUGCUGUUAACUACGUUCUUGUAUUUGGGAAAGUCCUUUGUGGUGACUUGCUCAUGCAGGAAAAGUCUCGCUUUGCUCUGGCUGCUGCCCCUUCCAGCUUUUAAAAAAAGUAAUAAUUUCUGUCUCGUUUCCGAAGGGAAAAAACAAGGCAGAUUCAUCGUGAGGGGUAGAGAGAAAUUUAAAACGAUCCUUUUCAAAUUUCAGAUCGACUGUGUGACUAAUUUCACUGAUGAUGCACAGUCCUCCUGUAGUCUGUGAGCUUCAAUGCCAGGUGGGUGACAUUGAGAAACUGCAGGACUGGGGCCGUGUUUAGAGAAGGGGUCCCGUAAUGGAGGACCCAGUGUGUGCCCAGGUUUUCAGUCCAGCAUAAUAUCCCGAAUCAGCUUCUUAUUGGCUUUUACUAACUUCUCUCAGGCCCUGAUUUCUAGUAUGUAAGCACCACGGUGGGGAAUUGAACAUGUCAUCUCCAAUGCUGUAGUUCAAUGGUGCGUACAAUCCAGUGCCACGCUUUUCCUUUUUGAGCUGGAAAUCGGCCGCUCUGUUGUGCGGCGGCGGUCGCUGCAAAAUGCGUUUUGCGCCGUGUACUGUCCACCGGAGUGAAACUUCCCUCCCUCCUUUCCCAGGGAAGGUAUUUGAGGCCAUGUAGCUCCUGCCAGCGCCCGUACCUGUAAACAGUUAAAGUUUUGGAUCAUUUUCUUUUUUCAAUCUCCCCCCCCGCUCCCCAAGUCUGUUCUCAUCACAGGCGGCAGGCAGGGCUCGGGGCUGAGACAGGAAACGAGGCAGCAGGCCUGCGUUGAUAACGCAGGGUAUUGUCUGAGGGAGCCCGCCUGCUGUUUACGGGUCCCUAAGGCUUUGGUGAGAGGAAGGGAGGCCAGACAGGAUGCCACACACACAAGUACCUCUCUCCACGCAGCAUGGAAACACCCGUCAGUUCUGCUGCGUUACGCCGCGCUGGGGGAGACUUUAUAAGCAGGACAACAGAAGAACAGAGUAGUUUACCGAGGCCAUACUGCUGAAUGGAGCGCACAAGGCAUCAGCCAGUGAAUAUGCUCAUGUAUGAUUAUCCAGUCAAGCCAGAGCCCAUGGAACCGUUUUUGAAUGGGCAGAGCUGUGCCCUGUGUGGGAAAACAAUGUGCCACAGUAUUUGCAUAGAAGUGGCAAAAUACACAGCAUUGUUUUCGAACUACCCGGCCUUGGUGAAGUCUCCAGCCGAGGGCUACAGUGUGAUAUUUCCCCCUCCCAGCAGACUGUACCAGCCCCUGGAUGGGCAGCCCUGCGGAGCCCAGUCAGAGCCGGUGGACCUGUCCGUCAGCAAGCGCGGCUCUCCGCUGUCCUCCAGGAGCUCCCCCUCCUCGCCGUACAGCCUGACCGUGCUGUCCGGCGGCAGCGGCUCAAGCCACAGGGCCAGCGCCUCCCCCUCCGGCUCGCCCCGCCGGCGGCCCUCGCCCGUCGUCUCGUCCUCCCCCCUGCCCAUGCCCUUCCCCACCGUCAUCACGCCCAUCCUGUCGGGCUCCGGCCUGGCCGGCCAGGGGGUGAUCCCGGUGCUCUCGCCCGUCAUGGUCCAGCCCCUGUCCGUUCUGUACUCUCCUCACCUCUCGCAGUCCAUCAUGGUGUCGUCCAUGAUGGACGAGAAAAUGCAGAGCCUGGCUGCUAAACAAGCCUCUUCCCUGAACGUGGGGGAAAUGUGUCACGAACUCCAUGACCUGAUGAAACCCAUCAAAGUGGAACCAAGGACGGAAUACAUUCAAGAGCCCUACAGUGAAGACGUCUCGUCUUCGGUCAUGAGCGUGAUGUCAAAAGAGAGCAACAACCCCUCGGUGAUCAUGCACUCCGGGAAACACCCCCUGCCAGUGGAGUCUCCGGACACUCUGAAGAAACGGCGCAUCCACAGGUGUGACUACGACGGCUGUAACAAGGUGUACACCAAGAGCUCUCACCUGAAGGCCCACCGGCGCACGCACACUGGGGAGAAACCAUACAAGUGCAUGUGGGAGGGCUGCACGUGGAAGUUUGCCCGUUCGGACGAGCUGACCAGGCACUUUCGGAAGCACACUGGCGUCAAACCUUUCCAGUGCCCAGACUGCGAGCGCAGCUUCUCGCGCUCUGACCACCUGGCACUCCACAAGAAGCGCCACUUACUCGUCUGAGACUCGUACAGACCACACACACACCCCCCCCGCCUCCCUCCAAAUGGUUCAGCUGGCUUGAACCAUCCUCAUUGUGCUUACAAGGCCUGUUCAGAGCUGGUCAGUCCAGCUAACACUCACAGUCUGCAGGCCACACAGAAAAUGGCUUAGUAUUUAUAAAACCUCGGGUCAGACCUACAUAAUGUGAAUUUUCUUUUUAUAAUAAUUUUAUAUAUAUAUAUUGUGGGGCUGAAUUAUUUUCAUUAUUGUGCAGCAAUAUAUUCAGGGUUAAUAUUUGUAGUCGUUGUGCCUGAAACCUCUGAGGA